CGAGUACGUGCGAGCGAGUGUGCGUGCGGCCCCCCACCCUCUCCACACACACACUCACUUACUCACUCUCAUCCCAAACACUCUCCUUUCGCACGCGCAUCUCUACUGAAGGCUGAUUGUGCCUCGACUUCUGCUGCUUCUGCCCGUCCAGCGACUGCCAUGCCCUCAUUCUUUAGCAGCAAGUCGUCGAGCAACAAGUUGCAGCCUUCGCAGGGCAAUCCGUCCAGCCAGCAGUCUUCGUCGACAUCCAGCUCAGCCCUCGACCCCCAGGAUCGUCGGUAUCAGCAACAGAUUGUUGAUCCAUCGCAGCCUCGUCCUCAUCCUUCUCGCUCGCAGAGUCAUAGACAUUCUUCCAAUCUAUCGCUAGACCGCCCGCCUGUGAAUGUCGCCGCCCAGGUAAACGCCGCUGAAGCUUCCCCGCCAUCGCAGCAAUACCAACAACAACAACAGCAGCAGCAACAACAACAACAACAACAACAAUUACAGUCUCAACAGGCUCAGCAGGCUCAGCAGGCUCAGCAGGUUCAACAGUCUCAGCAAUCCCAGCAACAGCAAUCCCAGCAGCAGCAGCAGCAGACACAGCAGCCUCCCCCACCUCAGCAGGACCAUCGUCAUUCAUACCUGCAUCACCACUCCCCAGAAGGCCCGCAGCAGUAUAGAGGAGAAAGAGGAGACAGAGGAGACAAGGGCGAGAAGGAGCAUCACAAGUCCAAGUCUAUCCGUCAUAAAUUGUUUGGUUCGUCUUCGUCAAAAGAGCCACCGUCUGUACAGAAUCAAAACCUCGCAAACCAACGGCCAGUUAAUCGCAGGGUGUCGUUGAGAAAGUCGGACGGCCAGCCAAGGUAUCCCACACCGGGCGAGGAACAGCAGCGUCUACAGCCGCAGAAUUGGAACCAGAGACAGGCGUCCAACACAAACUUGACUACCUCUGCCGAAGAGGACGAAUCAAACCUUGACCCGUUCUUGCAACAGCCUGCUGCUGGCAACUCUCCACAGAUAGGACAUACCCCGCAGGUACCUCUUAAAGAUUCUGCCUACAGUCAACAGCAGGCCUUCGGUCAACAGCCCCCGCCAGAACAGUUUCGCGACCAGUAUCGCCAGACUCCAGCUCGUCUAGACACAAACCAAGGCCAGUAUCCACCAAAUCAAGCCAACUCUGCCAAUUAUAGCCCCGAACAGCAAAGCGGAAGCAGUGGGAACAGUGCACAGCCGCCGCAAGGUACCUUUAUCUCGUAUUCUCAAAAGGACAACCCUCAAUCGCCCGUCCAGGGACAGCAAGCCUACCACGCAUUCCAGCCUCAACCACCCCCUCCCCACGGACAACCACCUGCCUACGUUGCGCCUCACCAGGAUUCCCAGCAAUACCAGCCCCUGCCCCCACAGGUCCCUCUAGGCUUUCAAGAGAGUCAAGUUCUGAGGAGACCAAGCCAGCAAUUGCAUUCCGGGGAGAAGCCAGUUCAUCACCCGCAGACUCAAGAUCCACAGUUGCUGGGCAGGCCACCUUCCGCCCAACAGUUCAAUCCUCCUUCGCCAGCGGGCUACCAAGCCUACGAACCACAGGCCGGCGCUCAGGAUUCAACGACCCCGAACGAGGAACCAAAUCCGAUGGCACCUCCACCGUCUCAUAACAGGAACAACAUGCGAUCGGGGGACAUGGGAAGUCAGAAGCUGCCAGGGCCACCGACGCGAGAAGGCUCUCUGCAGAUACCACCGGGUGCGCCUGGUCAAGCUGGGAAUGUCUCGCCCGGAGUUGCUGGCUUCACCGCUGGCGUUGUACCACAAAACUCCCAAGGACAGCCGUAUAGAGGUAAUGGUAAGACUGAGGGAGAGACCGGGCGGGAAACUCCGCGUCCUGCGUCAGACAUUAAUGAGGAAGAUUAUGACAACUUGCGCAAAGAGCAUGAGAUACUCCGCGAAAAAUACCAAAAAGUCAAGCGCUAUUUCUUCGACCAGCAGUCGCAGGUUCACCAGCUCCAGAAUACGCUUGCAAACCAGCGCAUGUCAAUGUCACGAACAUCGCUGGAUGAUUCUGAAUAUGCUGCUCGGUUCAAGCGGCUCGACGGUCUCGUCGCCCAGCUCGCCCACUCCAUUCGCAAGAACUGGAAAGGCAUUCCGCCGUGGAUGCACGGCUCAGUCAACAAAGAGGCUGUCGGCCUCGGUGCAAAGGAGAUGAUUGUUGUUGGACGCUCCGUGAUUGCAAAUUGGAUACACCGCGAAGUCUUUGAGAAGUACUUCCAUCCAGACCUUGAGUCCGGCCUCAGUACACAGCUGAAGACCAUGCAAAUCAACAUCAAACGCUUCAGCCCCCCUGUCCACUCGGCCGAAGAAGAAGAGGCCCUCAUGGCCAAGAUCAUCAACUGGCGCAUGACCACUCUGGAAGGCCUGUCCGACGUCCUGCGAUCCCCUCAAGCCACGACAAACCGCCAGCGUCUCAUCGAGCUCCUCAACGAGAGUCUCAUCAGCUUCCUCGAAAUGUACCUCCAGGAAGCCGCCAGCCCGGAACUACACGGCAACGUGCCCAUGAUCAUCGAGCUCGCCGUCGGCAUCGCCCUGCACCUCCCCCUCGAGUCCCGCGACGUCAACAUCGACUACUUCGAGCCCGGCACCCUCAUCAACCCCGAACUCAUGACCAUCGAAUCCAGCAUCGCCGCCCUCACGAACCCGUACGUCGACAACAACGACGCCGACUCCGCCAGCGCCGCCAGCGACACUAACGCCUCAGACGCCGACCCACAACAGGCCAGCAGCACCAGAGACGACCAGAAGCGCUCCAAGGGCAUGUUCGGUGGCCUCAUGGGCUCCAGCAAGCCCAAGCCCGGCGGCAAGAUUGCAUCUGGUGUCGGCGGCGGCAGCCAGGUCAGUCUGAGUGCGCCCGGGAGCUCGAACGGGCCAAAGGAGGAGCAGCCGCAGCGCGUCAGGCUGGCGGCCGGUCUCAGCGUGCAGAUUCGUGGCCGCAGCGUGCUUGUGAAGGCGCCUGUCUAUCCCACCUUUUAUCGCGAGUGAGUGAGUGGGAAGAGAGGGGGCGUGUCCCUGAGAUGACGUGCGUGUAUCCUGACGAGACAUGUUUAAAAUGCUGGAUGUGGAUUGGUUUAGACGUGAUGUGAUGUGAUGUGUUGUGAUUGGAUUGAAUUGAAUCGGAUCAGACGUGAUUGGAUUGGAUUGGAUUGGAUUGGAUUGGAUUGGAUUGGAUUUUUUUUUCGGUUGUGCUUGAUCGAUUGGAUUACUGUCUGCCUGCUAGAUUUGCCUCGCCGCUUUGGGACCUUGGGAUACUACAUACAGUAAGUAUACUAGCUAGCUAAAGCACCUACGGAACGGACCUCUCUGCUUGGAUAGGAUAGGAUAGGAUACGGUUGGCUUAUAGUGUGUGGAUUGUGUGGAUUUGAAUUGGAUAGACAUACUACACUGCGCCGUUGGGGAAUAAAAAUCAAAUUGAAGUUGAAGUUGAAA